GACGAAGAGAGCAAAGCCAGCACAAGCGGUACAAACGGCUUUCUUGCCGGGCUGCUUUCCGAUACAACUUGCCCCUCCGCAGGACCACACAGUGCAGAUCAUAGUAGCUCCGCGGUACACUACGAACUUGUGCAAGAUUUGGUGACCGGGAAAAUAUCCAUAAAAAAACACUAUAUCCCCAUGUUGAUCCUCCAAUUACAAUUUGUCAGGCAAGCAAUCAUGCAUGAAAAAAAUCCACACGACCACUGCUUGGCAUGCAGCUAAGAAUGGAUGGGGACCAUCAUCAGGGGUGAUGCUUUUUUUUCUGGAUAGAAAAACGAGAUCUGCGUCAAGCUCCUU